CUCACAUCAUGUCAUGUCACCACAACAACACAGCGGUUUGCACUGAGCAGGCACAACAACAACAACAACAACAGGAGAGGAAUCUAGGAAUGCAACCACCCUCGCAGGGCCACGAAAAUGCACGUCUCGCCAUGAAGUGCAGCCUCUUGACCAGUUGACGGGCUGGCUCCAUUCCUUGAUUGUGUUUGUGCUGACAACAGAACUGCACGACAACACCGACCUUGAGCCUUUGAGUCGACGCCCUCAAGUGCCGAGCGAUGUCAACCGCACAAGCCAGUACGCCAAAGCACAAGGAUUCUAAGGAUUGGAGCAUGUCACAGCAGCUGCUCCUUCUUGGUCUCCGUGAGAUUCAAGCCGAUGGUGAAGCCAAUGGUUUUGGCAACAAGGCCAACAGCGACGACGCCUCCAUGCGACAGCGGGUGCUGAACAUGCUGCAGGGCCAACGCACAGAGACUCAGACUCAGAUUCACGUCGGACAAAAUGACGACGACAACCACGAUGAAGAUGGUGAUGAUAACGUCGAGGAGGAAGAGGAGGAGGAGGAGGAGGAGAAUGAGUGCGAUGGUCAGUACGAUGAUGAGGAUGAGGAGGAGGAGUACGAUGACUACCCUGAUGAGGAUGAGGAGGAGGAGGAGGAGGACUACCCUGAUGAGGAUGGGGAGGAGGAGUACGAUGACUACCCUGAUGAGGAUGAGGAGGAGGAGGAGGAGGAGUACGAUGACUACCCUGAUGAGGAUGAGGAGGAGGAGGAGUACCAUGACUACGAUGAUGAGGAUGAGGAGGAGGAGUACAAUGACUACCCUGAUGGGAUGGGGAGGAGGAGUACGAUGACUACCCUGAUGAGGAGUGGGGAGGAGGAGUACGAUGACUACCCUCAUGCUUUCCUUUACGAGUUGUGUCGGGUCGACCGUAGGCUCAUGCCGUCCGAACCGAACCGCUUAGUGAACGAAACGGAUAGUAACGACUCUAAGAGCGUCACCACGGUCCUUCACAGACUGGAGAGUAUACCCAUGGCGAUCAUCGCGCUGCUCCGAAAUGUCCCACCCUUCAGAGAACUGGCAGUGCGCGCAAUCAAAGGCCAGAUUGGCGCUUUGUCUUCAGCGCACAAGAAGCGCUUCUUAUUGAGGUUUGCCAUCAAAGAUGAGGCCACAAUCAGACACCUGCCCCAUGGACAGUGGAUCUACGCCGCAAUUAGAAAGCAGGACCAAGCCGUGAAGAUUGGCUUAACUGCACAGCCAUAUCGCAGACACGGGGAAUAUCGGCGCAUGACAGCGAGCGGUGUCCUCUACCCACUCUUCAAGCUGCCGGAUGCAUGUGCUGCCCCACACAUUGACACUUGUCUGUGCCGACGCAUCGGCGUCGUCUGCGAGGCGUUGACAACCCUGCUCAUGUUUCAUGGUUCAGCCCCGCUGGGCCACCAGACGAACGGGUACUCCUGCUCGUUUGGGGACGCAUCAUCGUUUUUCAAGGUCGAUAGGAGCAAAGUGCAAUCUUGGAUGUUGCAGUUAACGCCAGAGGAGCUGAAACGUCAGCGGAAAAAGAUGGCAGACGGAUACCGUGCUUGGAGGGAGCGCAUCGGACAAGAAGCAGCGACUGAAGUGCAUCGUCGUAUUGGUCGGAUGGGGGCGAUGAAGGUGAAGGAAAACUUCAGACGAAAGGGCGGGGAGGAAGCACUUCAUCAGCACCACGUUACUAGCGGCAGAAAAGGCGGCCUUGCCGCCGGUGCACGAAGGAGGGAACGUGAGCAGAAACGCCUCGAGCAAGAGACACCGGAGCAGCGGGAACAGCGGGAACGUGAGCUGCAAGAGAAGAAGGAACAGCGUGAACAACGCCAGCGUGAGUUGCAAGAGAAGAGGGAACAGCGCGAACGCGAACGACAGGAGAAGAAGGAGCAGCGUGAACAACGCCAGCGUGAGUUGCAAGAGAAGAGGGAGCAGCGCGAACGCGAACGACAGGCGAAGAAGGAGCAGCGCGAACGCGAACGACAGGAGAAGAAGGAGCAGCGCGAACGCGAACGCCAGCGUGAGUUGCAAGAGAAGAGGGAGCAGCGCGAACGCGAACGACAGGAGAAGAAGGAGCAGCGCGAACGCGAACGACAGGAGAAGAAGGAGCAGCGCGAACGCGAACGACAGGAGAAGAGGGAACAGCGCGAACGCGAACGACAGGAGAAGAAGGAGCAGCGCGAACGCGAACGCCAGCGUGAGUUGCAAGAGAAGAGGGAGCAGCGCGAACGCGAACGACAGGAGAAGAAGGAGCAGCGCGAACGCGAACGCCAGCGUGAGUUGCAAGAGAAAAGGGAACAGCGCGAACGCAAACGACAGGAGAAGAAGGAGCAGCGCGAACGCGAACGCCAGGAGAAGAAGGAGCAGCGCGAACGCGAACGCCAGGAGAAGAAGGAACAGCGUGAACAACGCCAGCGUGAGUUGCAAGAGAAGAGGGAGCAGCAACUGCGGAAGCGAUGUGCACGAGCACGCGCGAAGCGUGAGAGACAGGAGGCUCGCGAACGAUCAAAGCGGCACAAACAAGAAGAGCGGGAAAAUCGACGUAUUGAGUUGGUAGCCUUACGUCGGAUACAGCGCCGAGUUCGCACCCAGGACGGAGACACAGGAACUGUUGUCUGGUUCACGCGCGCACGCGCAACUGUGUUGCUUGACACCGGCGAAGUCAAGGCCUUCCCCUUUUCCCAGUUGUUUCGUGGGACAAUCGCUGUUGGUGCUUUGUAUCCCAUCUUUGCUCCGCACGUCAACUUGCGCAAUCCCAUUUUCCCACCGCAGUACAACGUGCACCGAGUCCUCGAAGGACCGGACGCUGAAGGAUAUUGGCAGUUGAGUGCAUGAGCGAACGAGUGGCCAUGCUUGCGUGUUCGUUCCCUUGCCUUCAUGGUGUUGGGUAAUUCAGCACUCAGGUUUCAAGCUUCCGCGUCCGCCUGUCACAUACAUACAACGUUGGUGGUCGUUUGUUCUUCUUUCGUUCCUUCUGCCACUCCUGCACUGCAUUCCUCUCUUCAGCCUCCCUUCUCCUCUAACGUGUCCCCUUGUAGCGCACUC